AUGCCAGCCAUGGAUGCUAGGGCACAUCAAGACGUAUUCCGUCAGAUGGCAACUAAUCUUAGGUGUUCAGGCAGAAGAGGUUAUAACCUAAAUUGUCGAAAAUGUUUUGGGCACGUGUACAUCAGUGUUCCCUCUAAGCUGUGCGGUAGCACAGCUUCACAGGAUCCUAAUGAAGAUACAGAAUGGAACGACAUAUUAAGAGAUUUUGGAAUUCUACCUCCAAAAGAUAAGCCAAAAGAUGAAACUGAAGAAUUGGUUUUGCGUUUACAGAAAGAAGCAGAAGUGAAACCAUAUGAAAGAAUGACUCUUAAAGAACUAAAUGAAGCUGAAGAUGACUUUGAUGAGGAUGAUAUGAAAGCUCUUGAAAUGUAUAGGCAACAACGUUUACAAGAAUUGAAAAUUCUUCAGAGAAGACAAAAAUAUGGAGAGCUGAGAGAAAUUUCUGGUGAACAAUAUGUGAAAGAAGUUACAAAUGCUCAAAAGGAUGUGUGGGUUGUAAUUCAUCUAUAUAGAUCAAGCAUCCCAAUGUGUUCAUUAGUUAAUCAGCAUCUCAGCCUGCUAGCCAGAAAGUUUCCAGAAAUAAAGUUUGUCAAAGCCAUUGUGAAUAGCUGUAUUCAAAACUACCAUGACAGAUGUUUACCCACAAUUUUUGUGUACAGAAAUGGUCAGAUAAAAGGCAAGUUCAUUGGAGUUACUGAAUGUGGAGGGACAAAUCUUAGAAUAGAAGAGCUUGAAUGGAAAUUAGCACAAGUUGGAGCAAUAAAAACAGACUUAGAAGAAAGUCCCAAACAAAACAUAACGGAUAUGAUGAUGUCUUCAGUUAGAAGUGCUUCUAUUUGUGACACCCACGCUUCUAGAAGGGACAAUGGUGAAACCAAAAGUUACUUGCAUGGGCAUUUUUAACACUAGUACUCUGUGCUGAUGUGUACAUGUGUUUGGUCAACAUAUGUAUGUUUAUUACUGGUUUCAUAAAUCUGAAGCAAUGCAAA